AUAGAGAGAAAGAGAGAAUGAUUAGUUGCAUAGAAAUGAAAACAAAAGAGAGAAUGAAAUAGGGCUGAUUUGGGUUGGGUUGGGUUGGAUAGACAUGAUGAAGAAGAAGAAGCAGCUUAUCACUGCGAAAUCUCCACACAUGGCUGCUGCUGCUUCAAAUGAUUUUGAAACAUCAUCAUCAUCAUCAUCAUCAUCAUCCUCCAGUAGUAGUCUGUUGUAUGUAUCUUAUCUUAAAAAGUUAUCGUCUCUUCCAACUUGUUCAGAAUCCUGUUUACAGGUCAAAACCAUCCAUGCCCACAUUAUCAUUUCUAGGUUUAAACCUCGGUCCCCCAUCCUCAACGGUUUGAUCAACGCAUAUUGUAAAUCCUCUAAUCUCGCAUACGCCCACCACCUGUUCGACAGAAUUCCCCACCCAAAUGUCGUUGCCGCAACAACCAUGAUUACUGCAUACUCUACUGCUAAGGCUCCAAAAAAGGCAUGGGAGAUCUUCGCCAACGUCCCCUUCAGUGUCAGGGACACCGUUUUCUACAAUUCCAUGAUCACUUGUUAUUCGCGUAACAACGAAGGCCACGCCGCUCUCAACCUCUUCCGCCAAAUGAAAACCGAUGCUAUUCCUCCCGACGAUUUCACUUACACUAGCGUUCUUUCAGCUUUGGGGCUCAUUGCCGAUAAGGAGACUCACUGUCAGCAGUUACAUUGCCAAGUUGUGAAAUCUGGAACAGCUUUGGUCACUUCGGUUUUGAAUGCCUUGGUCUCUGUAUACGUCAAGUGUGCCUCUUCGCCCUUCGUUUCCUCCUCGUCCUUGAUGUCGGUAGCUGCCACGCUGUUCCGUGAGAUGCCCGUUAAAGACGAAUUAUCUUGGACCAUGAUUAUAACAGGUUAUGUUAGAAACGGAAACCUCAAGGCUGCACGAGAGUUGUUCGACGGAAUGAAUGACAACAACUUAGUGGAGGCAUGGAAUUCGAUGAUCUCGGGUUACGUCCAGAAUCAUAUGUUGAUCGAAGCGUUACACCUUUUCGGGAAGAUGACUUCUUCAGGAAUACGACACGACGAGUUCACCUACACCAGCAUUUUCAGUGCCUGCGCCAACUCCAAAUCUUUCCUUCUUGGGAAAGAGGUGCAUGCCCGUGUCUUAAGAAACGAGCAUAAGCCGCCCAAGGAUUUUUCUUUGUCAGUUAAUAAUUCCCUGAUCACGUUUUAUUCUAGGUGCGGUAGAGUUGAGGAAGCUGUUGGGAUAUUUCGGUCCAUGUCGGUCAAGGAUAUCGUGUCCUGGAACGCGGUCUUAACCGCGUAUAUAAACGACGGUCGGAUUAACGAAGCGAAAAUCUUUUUCAAUGAGAUUCGAGAUCGAAACAUGUUGACAUGGACCACUAUGAUAUCGGGGCUGGCACAGAAUGGUUUCGGAGAGGAAGGGUUGAAGCUGUUCAAUCAAAUGAGAAAUGAAGGUUUUCAGCCUUGUGAUUAUGCGUUUGCCGGAGCCAUUACUUCGUGUUCGGUUCUAGCGGCAUUAGAGGAUGGAAGACAGCUCCAUUCCCAACUCAUCAGAUUCGGUUUCGAUUCAAGCCUUUCCGCAGGAAAUUCUCUGAUAACAAUGUACGCCAGAUGCGGAGUCGUCGAUGCGGCUAACAGACUAUUCCUCACCAUGCCAUUUGUGGACGACGUUUCAUGGAACGCCAUGAUUGCCGCGUUCGCACACCACGGGCACGGUUCGCGUGCACUGAAGCUGUUCGAAGAAAUGCUCAAGGAAGGAAUAUCGCCCGACCGGAUAAGUUUCCUGACGGUCAUAUCGGCUUGUAGCCACGCGGGUUUAGUAGACGAAGGUCGGAAGUAUUUUAACGAGAUGGAGAGCGUAUACGGUAUAAAGCCGGGCGAAGACCAUUACGCGCGUCUGAUAGACAUGUUAUGUCGGGCGGGGAGGUUCGAGGAGGCGGAAGGCGUGAUAGAGAAUUUGAAUUUUAAGGCGGGGGCGUCGAUAUGGGAAGCGCUUCUAGGGGGUUGCAGAAAGCACGGGAAUAUGAAUCUAGGAAUGAAGGCGGCUGAGAAGAUCUUCCAUCUGAGGCCGGAACACGACGGGAGCUACAUACUGUUGUCAAACAUGUAUGCUAAUGUGGGUAGGUGGGAGGAGAUGGCUAAGGUGAGGAAUCUAAUGAGGGACAGAGGAAUAAAAAAGUCACCCGGUUGUAGUUGGAUCGAGAUUGAGAACAAGUUUCACGUGUUUUUGGUGGAUGACACGCUGCAUCCUCAAGUGGAAGAUGUGUACAGAUAUCUGGAGGAGCUGGUGGGGGAGAUGAGGAAAUUGGGAUAUGUUCCGGAUACAAAGUACGUGUUACACGACAUGGAGUUGGAACAGAAAGAGCAGUUCUUAUCGACGCAUAGUGAGAAGCUGGCAGUUGCGUAUGGUCUGUUGAAGCUUUCCGCUGGAGCUGCAAUCAGGGUGUUCAAGAACCUUAGGAUUUGUGGAGAUUGUCAUAAUGCAUUCAAGUUUAUGUCAAUGGUGGUAAAUAGAGAAAUUGUGGUCAGAGAUGGGAAGAGAUUUCAUCAUUUUAAGAAUGGUCAAUGUUCUUGUGGGGAUUUUUGGUAGCACCUACUGUUGUUUGCUUUACAUUAAAAACUCUCCUCUCUGUUUUGAGCUCUUUUGAC